GCUCUCAUUCUCAACGUCUCCUCCCUUCUUGGCUCUCUAUCCCUCUCUGCUCUCUUCUUCCGAGAUCAAAGAUGGACUACAAACAGAACCAAACUUACAUUGAUGCCGACGGCAAGAUUACACAGGAGAACAACAAUAAGGAGAUUACACAAGAGGAGGACGACGAGGAGAUUACACAGGAGGACGCAUGGACCGUCAUCUCAGCCUACUUCGAAGAGAAAGGUCUCGUUCGUCAGCAGCUCGAUUCUUUCGAUGAGUUUAUUCAGAACACUAUGCAAGAAAUCGUCGACGAGUCGUCCGAUAUCGAGAUCCGACCCGAGUCCCAGCACAAUCCUGGCCACCAAUUUGAUUUCGCCGAGAGAAUCUACAAGAUUAGUUUUGGACAGAUUUAUGUGAGUAAACCCACGAUAACGGAGUCUGAUGGAGAGACUGCCACCUUGUUCCCCAAGGCUGCAAGGUUGAGAAACCUCACCUACUCGGCUCCUUUGUAUGUCGACGUUUGCAAGACAGUUAUUAUGAAAGGGCAUGAUGGGGAGGAAGUUACGGAGACUCAGGAUUUUACCAAAGUUUUCAUUGGAAAGGUUCCCAUCAUGCUCCGGUCUACUUACUGUACCUUGCAUCAGAAUUCGGAGAAAGAUUUGACAGAGCUUGGAGAAUGUCCUUAUGAUCAGGGAGGAUACUUCAUUAUUAAUGGCAGUGAAAAGGUUCUGAUUGCUCAAGAGAAGAUGAGUACGAACCAUGUUUAUGUGUUCAAGAAGAGACAGCCGAAUAAGUACUCGUAUGUCGCUGAAGUCCGUUCCAUGGCGGAAACCCAAAAUAGACCUCCGAGCACAAUGUUUGUGCGUAUGCUCUCUGGCUCGAAAGGGGGUUCAUCUGGACAGUAUAUUCGAUGUACUCUUCCAUAUAUCAAGAAAGAAAUUCCUAUUAUCAUAGUAUUUCGUGCAUUGGGGUUUGUUGCCGAUAAGGACAUAUUGGAGCGUAUAUGCUAUGAGUUUGGAGAUACUCAGAUGAUGGAGUUGCUCAGGCCUUCCUUGGAAGAAGCUUUUGUGAUUCAAAGUCAGCAGGUUGCCCUUGACUAUAUUGGAAAACGUGGUGCGCCUGUUGGUACACCCAAGGACAAGAGGAUAAAGUAUGCAAGAGAUAUCCUUCAGAAAGAAAUGUUUCCUCAUGUAGGAGUUGGGGCUUUUGAGACUCCAAAAGCUUACUACUUCGGGUACGUAUUCAGCUCACUCGUGUUCUUUGAGUUUCAUAGUGCUUUUUGUUUCUCAUAUUAUGCAAUAACCCUCAGGCUUAUCAUACACCGGCUGCUGCGUUGUGCACUUGGCCGAAAUCCAGAAGAUGAUAGGGAUCAUUAUGGUAACAAAAGGCUGGAUCUUGCUGGUCCUUUACUUGGAGGGCUGUUUAGAAUGCUUUUCAGAAAGCUAACGAGGGACGUGAGAUCUUAUGUUCAGAAGUGCGUUGACAAUGGCAAAGAAGUAAAUCUUCAAUUUGCCAUUAAGGCUAAAACAAUUACCUCUGGCUUGAAAUAUGCUCUUGCUACUGGGAACUGGGGCCAGGCAAACGCUGCUGGCACAAGAGCUGGAGUCUCUCAGGUUCUAAAUCGGUUAACAUAUGCCUCCACUUUGUCACAUCUGAGGCGUCUCAAUUCUCCUAUUGGGCGUGAAGGAAAAUUGGCAAAACCAAGACAACUACACAACUCACAAUGGGGUAUGAUGUGCCCUGCUGAAACACCUGAAGGACAGGCUUGUGGUCUAGUGAAAAACUUGGCGCUCAUGGUCUAUGUGACAGUUGGGUCAGCUGCUUAUCCCAUAUUGGUAUUUUUGGAAGAAUGGGGACUUGAGAAUCUUGAGGAAAUAUCCCCAGCAGAUAUACCCCAAGCCACAAAAAUCUUUGUCAAUGGAAAGUGGGUUGGAAUUCAUCGAAUUCCUGACAUGUUGGUUAGAACGUUGAGACUUUUGAGGAGAAGGAAUGAUAUUAACACUGAAGUUAGCGUUGUUAGAGAUAUUCGUCUGAAAGAGCUCCGGAUAUACACUGACUAUGGUCGCUGUAGUCGUCCCUUGUUUAUUGUGGAUAAUCAGAGGCUCUUAAUAAAGAAGAAAGAUAUAUAUGCUCUGCAACAAAGGGUAAAGUUUAUAGUCUUUCGUUCUCAAAGUACGUUUUGUGGUAACUUCAGUGUACCAAUACUCGUUUUCAUAACCCAGGAAAGUGCAGAAGAGGAUGGUUGGCAUCAUCUACUUGCAAAGGGGUUUGUAGAAUAUGUAGACACACAGGAAGAGGAGACUACUAUGAUAUCCAUGACUAUCAAUGAUCUGGUUCAAGCUAGGCUCCGUCCCGACGAGGCAUAUUCUGACACUUACACACAUUGUGAGAUUCACCCUUCUUUGAUAUUGGGCGUGUGUGCUUCAAUCAUACCGUUUCCCGACCAUAAUCAGUCACCCCGUAAUACAUACCAAUCUGCUAUGGGAAAGCAAGCUAUGGGAAUAUAUGUCACCAACUACCAAUUCCGCAUGGAUACCUUAGCCUAUGUUCUAUAUUACCCUCAAAAGCCUCUGGUCACCACAAGAGCUAUGGAGCAUCUUCACUUUAGGCAACUUCCAGCAGGAAUUAAUGCUAUUGUUGCCAUUUCUUGCUAUUCUGGAUAUAAUCAGGAAGAUUCUGUCAUCAUGAAUCAGUCUUCAAUAGAUCGUGGUUUCUUUCGAUCCUUGUUCUUCCGGUCUUACAGAGACGAGGAGAAAAAAAUGGGGACCCUUAUCAAAGAAGACUUUGGGCGCCCAGAGAGAGGAAAUACACUGGGUAUGCGACAUGGUUCUUAUGAGAAACUGGAUGAUGAUGGUCUCGCACCUCCUGGUACUAGAGUUUCAGGUGAAGAUGUAAUCAUUGGGAAAACCACUGCAAUAUCCCAAGACGAGGCUCAAGGACAAACAUCACGAUACACCAGACGUGAUCACAGUAUAAGCUUGCGUCAUAGUGAAUCUGGCAUGGUGGAUCAGGUGUUAUUGACCACAAAUGCAGAUGGUUUGAAGUUCGUGAAAGUGAGGGUUAGGUCCGUUCGUAUUCCUCAAAUUGGAGACAAGUUCAGUAGUAGACAUGGUCAGAAGGGAACUGUUGGCAUGACAUACACACAGGAGGACAUGCCUUGGACGAUUGAAGGCGUUACUCCUGAUAUAAUCGUGAAUCCACAUGCUAUCCCGUCUCGGAUGACAAUUGGACAGCUGAUUGAGUGUGUCAUGGGAAAAGUGGCAGCUCAGAUGGGUAAAGAAGGAGACGCCACUCCCUUUACAGAUGUCACGGUGGACAAUAUAAGCAAAGCUCUCCAUAAAUGUGGGUACCAAAUGCGUGGAUUUGAGAGAAUGUACAAUGGUCACACAGGCAGACCACUCCCAGCGAUGAUAUUCAUUGGACCAACCUAUUACCAAAGGUUGAAGCAUAUGGUUGAUGACAAGAUCCACUCUCGUGGACGAGGUCCUGUGCAAAUCUUAACAAGACAACCGGCUGAAGGACGAUCCCGUGACGGUGGACUGCGUUUUGGAGAAAUGGAGCGAGAUUGCAUGAUUGCACAUGGUGCUGCUAGCUUUUUGAAAGAGAGGCUGUUUGAUCAGAGCGAUGCGUAUAGGGUACAUGUGUGUGAAACCUGUGGGCUCAUCGCCAUUGCAAACCUGAAGAAUAAUACUUUUGAAUGCAGAGGUUGCAAGAACACAACAGAUAUUGUUCAGGUUCACAUACCAUAUGCUUGCAAAUUACUGUUUCAAGAGCUUAUGUCAAUGGCGAUUGCGCCACGGAUGCUUACUAAAGAUGUGAAGUCAGCUAAGGGCAGGAAGUGAGGAGCUUCCUUUUUCUCUUUGGCUCUCGUAUCUCUGUGACAAAACUACAACUCAAACUUGUGUAUCGUUCAUUUGGUAUUUAUUCUGAAACUAGAGAGGUAUAUGAUACUACUUUAGAAGUUAUUAUUAUAUUCACUUGUCAGUGAAUUCGUGACUUGA